UCUAAAAAUAAAAAAACAAACAAAAAAAUUUAGUUUUAAAUGUCUGAUUCUUAGGAAAGUAGAUCAAGGUCUCGUAGUAGGUCUCAAGAUAAUGAAAGAAAGUAAAGAAAUCACAAGAAAUACUUAUAAUCUUAAAAUAGCAAAUAAUAAGAUUCAAAAAGUAAAUCAAUUAGUAGAAGUAGCUCAAAUGAAAAUAACAAAUCUAAAAAUUGCAAUAAAAAGAAACAUUUAAAGCAAUCCCACACAGUUUAUACUGUAAAGAAAAAUUGUAUUAAUUACAUCAAAGGCUUAUGCUAAAAGAGCGAAUAUGACUGUGAGGAUUUUCAUCCUAAAAUUUAAGAAAACCCAAUUACUCCAGAUUAAUUUGAUCCUUCACUAGAAAGUAUGAAUAACUAUAGCAUGGAUGAAGCUGAACUAUAUAAUUUUUGCAUGGAAUUUUAACCUGUAAAACAACCCACUAAAGCUGAUUAAUUGAUUCUGAUUCGACAUGCUUUAAGCUACUACAACUAUGCUGCUUUUCGUUUUUUCCAUCAGACAGGAAUUUCUUACAGUGAUCCUAAAUCUGUGGUAUAUUAACUCAGAAAAGAAUAUAUUGAUGCUGCUCUUCAUCCACUUGGUGAAUAAAUGUGCAAAAAUAAUGCUAAAUUUAUUUAAAAUUAUACUUUUCAUACUGUUUUUGUUUCUCCUUUAAGGAGGACCCUUCAGACAGCCUAAAUUUUAUUUUAAAACCACCCAAAUCUAAAUAAGAUCAAAUUUAUUGUACUCCCGUAUUGCACAGAAAUCUUGUCAAAAGUAUGUGAUGUUUCAGAUUUUGAGAAAGUUAAAUAAGAAUUUAAAGACUCCUAAUUUGAUUUUUCUUUGUUUGAUUAAUUCAAAUUUAGCACAGAAAAUUGGUAAAUCUAAAAUCUUGCUGAUGAAGAUUUAAAAUCUUACUUAAGAGCAAUGAUAAAUUAAGAUUCUGAAGGAAAACCAAUAAAAGAAAUUUUAUUAGAUGAAUGUUAAAGAUCUUUUCCAAGUUCUGUUGAAAAGCAUUCACAUCUCUAUGAAAGAACUUUAAAAACUAAAAACUAUAUACUUGAUUAUAUUGAUCAAAACUAAAUAGAUACAAGUAUUUAAAAAAUUGGAUUAGUCUCUCAUCAUGGAUUUUUAAGUUCCUUUACUUCAGAAGGUAAAGCACAAAAUGGAUUUGUAAAAAGUGGCAGGUCUUUUGAAAACUGUGAAGCUUACCCAUUUUAAAUUUGA